UUUAAGAUGUCAGCAACAAAGGCAAGCGAUCCAAGAAAAGCAUUAUGGCUCAUGCGCCUAAGCUCCGCGUUAAGAACCUUACUUGCCUGCACCAUCGUCGGUUGCACCACCCUCUACGGUCCUGCACCGCUCCGCCACUUUUUAUCAUACCCAUCCAUUUCUUAUGUUACAACAAUUCUAAUUGUAUCAGAUUCUACACUCGGCGACACUCUUAGAGGCAGUUUCCAUGCUUUAUACGCUAGCAUUCAAGCAAUUAUUCCUUCUAUGUUAAUUUUAUGGGUUAUCGGACCGGCUAGGUUCACUGUUGCGUUAGCAGCGGCGUCAGUGGCGAUUACUUCCUUGGCGGUGGCUUUUCCGGCGUCAACUCCUUUGAUGGCUAAGAGAAUUGCAUUUGCACAGAUUGUGACCGUUUAUGUUGGAGCAGUUAUUUAUGGUACAAGAACAGAGGGGGUGAUGCACCCGCUUCAUGUCGCUUCAAGUACGGCCUUGGGGGCUUUGGCUUCUGUAUUGGCUCUGCUGCUUCCAUAUCCUCGGCUAGCUUACUGUGAGGUGAACAAAACAUGCAGAUUAUACGUUGAGAAUGCUUCAAAGAGAAUUAACCUCUUUAUGGAGGCCUUCAAUGCCCAAGACAACCAAACUGCGAGACAUUUCAUUUCACAGGCAGAACUCUUAUCAGAAACAGGAAUCAAACACCUCCAAACCAUAAAAAAUGCUCAAAGAGGUAUCAUCUGGGAAAAGCCGCAGAUCAAUUUCUCAAAGCCUAAUUGCAUCGACCCAGUUCAAGUUUUGCAGCAAUUAGAAAUACCAAUAAAAGGAAUGGAAAUUGCUCUUACCUCUCGCUCUGCAUUUCCUGUUAGUGUAAUCAAUGAAGGGCUUACAGAAGUAUUACUGAGCAUGAAAGGUAAAAUAGGCUUAAAAUUAGAGCAAGCAAAGUGUUUUGCACCUUUUGAUGCAACAACAGAACCAGAGACAACGGGGGAAUUUUCAGACAACCCUCUUUGGAGUCGCACAACUAUUGCCGCGAACCACGAGGAAUUGCCUGAUUUCUUCUUCUUAUACUGUAUGGAACUUCUGCAAUGGGACUCGCAUAUCAGUCGAAGUCCAGAAUGCACUGUAAGGAACAAACAGAAAGUAGAAAUUAAUAAUGGAAAAGAUCAAGUAAUUAAGGGUAUCCUCCAAAGGAUUUGGAAAGGCACCGGUAUGAUAUUAAGCAGGGAAAGAUGGAUGUUUGCGGUCAAAUGUUCACUUUCUCUGGGUUUUGCUGUUCUAUUUGGACUGAUAUUUGAUAAAGAAAACGCAUACUGGUCAGGACUAACUAUUGCCAUUACUUUUGCGGAAGGAAGGGAACCUACAUUUACGCUUGCAAAUGCUCGUGCACAAGGGACUGCAAUGGGGUCAGUCUACGGAAUCCUGUGUUCGUUCAUUUUCAGAAGAUCUUUGGACUUGAGGUUCUUACUUCUUCUCCCUUGGAUCAUUUUCACCAGUUUUCUCAGGCAUAGCAGAAUGUAUGGACAAGCCGGCGGGAUUUCAGCUGUUACAGGAGCAAUGUUAAUCUUGGGCAGGCAAAAUUAUGGCUCUCCCAGCCAGUUUGCAAUUGCAAGAAUCACGGAGGCUUGCAUUGGAUUAAUAUGCUUCAUUACAAUAGAGAUCCUACUGCAACCAGCAAGAGCAGCAACUCUCGCAAAAACUGAACUUGUCUGUAGUCUGAGGGCAAUCAGAGAUUGCAUUGAGGAUAUUGCUCUUUUAUCUGAUAAAAGGAGCAUUUCCUCAUCACUUCCUCUAGAUUUAAGAGAAAAGCAGAAGACUCUGGAUUCUCGUAUCAACCAAAUGGAGAAAUUCAUUGUUGAAGCUGCAUUAGAGCCUAAUUUUUGGUUCUUGCCUUUUCAUGAUGUUUGUUAUGAUAAAGUCUUAAGAUCUUUAAGAAAGAUGCAAGACCUCUGGCUAUUUUCAGCCUAUAACACUGAGAUUUUCUCAGAAAUAUCAGAAAAGUUAGGACUAGAUUGGGAGGAGCUAGCAGAACAUAUUGAAUAUGAUCUAGAUCAUUUUCAACGAAAGAUUUGCCCUUCACUGAGAUGCCUUGAAGAGUUGAUCUCAAUCAAGUCUAUGGCAGCGCUUGAAAAUGAGCGGCAGAAGAAAAGCAUGACUCAUGACAUUGAAUUGGGAAAAUCAACAAAAAUAAAUGUGUCUACAAAUCAGAGUCUAGAGGAGUUUGCAGUUCCAGAGAUUGUGAAUUCUUUCCUUGAAAAUUCAAGGGAAAUAGCUAGAAAGGUUAAUGCGUCCAAAGGUGAGCAGAAGCUUAAGAGUUGGAUGAUACUUUGCUUAAAUGGCCUAGGGUUCUGCAUCAAGAAUUUGCUCAGAGAGACGAUAGAGAUUGAGAAAGAAAUAGACAAACUAAUUGCAUGGGAGAAUCCCACAAGGCACAUUAACUUUGCAUGAAAUUUACAUUAAAAUCAAGGUUCUGCAUGCAAAACAGUAUAUCUCUACCACCAUGUAAUAUCAUAAAUAUGGGUCAUAUACAAUGUAGUAUUUUUUUGCUUUUUGUUUAGACAAAAAAAAAAGGAUGGAAGUUCA